UGAACACAGGCGUCGCUGCACACCACACAGCCGUCGCGGCAGCGGGGAAGCAGCGGGGAACGAGGCUGGGAGGCAGCACGGGGGGAGGCCCGUGUGUUUCCUGAGGGGCCGUCCCUGCUCUUCCCUGCGGUCUGUGCUCUGCCCCGAGAACCCUUGAGAGAUGACUAGGACGAUAGUAAAUGGUGAAUCAGUCAGGAUUUCCUAGUAAAAGAGACGUCACUUUUACCCACAUCAUCCAGGUUCACCUCUGAGUGGUGCUGCCUUUUGUGACAUCCCCGAACGCCAGGGAAGCCUGGUGUGCUGCGGUCCACGGGGCCGCAGAGUCGGACGCGACUGGACUGGACUGAAACAUCCCUGGUCAAGCCCAGCUCUGCUGGCACACAAUGGGACUCGAGCUGAGCCUCGGAGUGCUUAUCAGCACACGUUCGCUGAAAAAUCUAAUCCUGUGGGGAAUCAAUCCUAUCGGUCUUUCCCAGACAUGAUGGGAAGCACAAGAGCUUCUCCACCCAGAAGUCCACACUGAUUUUCCUCACUUCUCUGCUCCAGAGACAGCCCUCUGCCGUGAUGGCAGGUGGGUGACCACGCUCACAGAUGCCAUGUGAGAGCCUGGGAAGGGCCCUCCCAGCACACACGUCCCACGAGUCCCCCGGAAUCAUCUUUCAGAGCCCGACACUGUCCCUUUAAGUCUUCCCAACCCCCCUCCUCCAAAUCCAUCUCCACUUCCUUCUACCGGCAGCUUAUCCAGGGAGCUAAGUUUAGCUACCAAAUGCUAAUCUUUCCUCCAGGGACAGCCCAUGUCUUUGCAGGAGGGGCGGCCCUGGCAGCCCAGCACUCGCUUUGGGAAGAAUCAAAAGGGAGCAGCUGCCAGAUCCUGGUAGAAAGUGGGGCUGGGAGGGAGGGGGCAUCUUCUGGCCAAACUGCCCCUCACUCCGGCUUGUCCCACCACGUCCACGGUCUCAACAGGCUUAGCCCAGGCAGUCCUCAUGGUUCACGUCUCGUCUCGGGACAACUUCUCAGUUUCGACUCAAAGCUAUAAAAUUCAGAUGGAGUCACAGUGCAGCACAGACCUCACGAGACCCAACUGGCUUCCCCCAUCACCUGGAUAUCAACCGUGGGAAUCCUUUCCGAGCUCUGCUUCGGGAAGGAAAGAAAGAGUACCUGCUCACGAGUUCACGUGAAGUUCAGGCCCCCAGGAGCAGUCCCCUGGCAGAGCCCAGCCCCCCGCCCCCGCAGCCCUGCAGGACGGCUGAGCUGGUGACAGGUGAGACUUCACAGGAGUGGGAGCAAAGGAGAGAGCCCAGCGAGCUUUCCUGUCUGAUGGUGCUCAGGCUGCAGAGAAAGGGGGGGCUUAAAGGGCUGCAUGCCCCCCUCAGCUAAUGGAAGUGACCGUGCGACUCCCCGGGAUCAUCUAACUCCUAAGGACAGACGAUCCCCACUCUACAGCGCGUGUGCUUCCGAGACAAGCCUGUCGAUCCGAAACCCAAAUCAAACUUCACUUGAUUUACAAUCUGGAUACUAUUGGUUCUUCUUUCCUGUUUACAUAAAUUUGCUUAGAAAAAAAAAAUCAUGGAUAGCUGCCAAAAUGGACUUCUGGAAAACAAACCACCAGCAGGGUUGUGAUAAAAAUGUGAUCAGACAGCAGCUAGGACUGCAUGCACACUUUCUGGAGUGGUUGGUACCGACCAGCUCUUCACUUCGGUUCAGUUGCUCGGUCAUGGCCGGACGACCACUUAAAAUUCAGCUCCAACUGAGUCCACCUCGUCCCAUCUGUCAGCCGACAAAGUGCCGGGACGUGAGAGCAACAGGGGCCGUCCAGCUGCCAGCAGUGUGGCCACUCCCGGAGCCCGCGCCACUGACCGCCUCACCCUCCUGCGAGGAGCUGGGCCUGCCCUCACCCCACCACCCUAACGACAAAGGGAAAGCAGCGGAGAAACCCAGGAAAUCCAGACCUGCCAAAAAAUUGAUUUGGGCACCACAGAGCUGUGCUCUGAACAGAGCAUCCACUCCUGGGAGGAGCCCCAGGGCCUGCGUGGUGCUGGCUAACACGGCUCACGGGUGUUUGGCGUGUCGGCCGUCGCAGACAGGCAGGUGGCUGGAUCGGCACAAACCGCUCACCCAGCUGGACCUCAAGGCUGGUAAGAGGCCCUCGGUGCCUGUGCGUAUCAGCACCUAUGAUCUGAUGCAAAACAGCAGCAUUACCCCAUUCUCCAGGCGAAGAAACCGAAGCUCUGAGAUUAACUUGCUCGAAAUCAGAGCAGCCGCUCAGCCCCCAGGCCGGGCUGUCUCCUGCACGAGGCAGUGCUGUAACUGACCAGCCUGCGGGGCUGAGCUCAAGUGCACUUGCCACGAAUCAAGUUAACACAGGGAUGGGAAUCCCACUCCCAACACGAACGCUGGGGAGAUGGAGGCAGGGCAGAGGGGACGACGUCAUGUGGAUGCCCCUGGCCCCCGCGCCGGGGUCAGGGCGCCUGCAGCUGGACACUCGCAUCCUCCCCCUCCUCGGUGGAACAAAAGGGGAAGAGAAGGGCUCAAAGCAGCCCUCUGUCUGCCAAAGCCUGACUCACCCGUGGGCUCGCCGCUUGGCACUGGGAAGCAGGAAAAGGCAAGCUCUGCGCAGGGAGCCGGGGCUGCGGCCGGCAGGGAGGCCAGGAGGCCAGAGGCAAGGAGCCCCGGACGCUCCUGGGCCGCCCAGCUCCUCACAAGGGGCCAUUGUGCCCCAUCGGUGGCCGGCAGGUCUGGCCCCGGGACCCUGACUCUGCAGGUCGUCUGGACUGGAGCUCCUGGGGGCCACCUCUCUGCCCUCAGCCGAGCCUCUAGCUUUCUGCUGAGCAGAAGCGAGCAGCAUCUCGGGAGAGACGCCCCCCUCUGAUCACACAGAGCGGCCCAAGUGCCAAAGGAGGUUCACAGGAGAGACGCGGCCUGCAACGCGGGACAGGAUGGGACCGCGGGACGGGAACCGUGGGGGUGUGCCCUGCUCGGCUUGAUGACGGGGGCCCGGUCAGCGUGCGCGCAUCACCUACGUUUAUGUGCUUUCUCUGGCAGAGAACACGCGGUGUCCAGCACAGGGAGCCCACGAGGGCUUCUCCCUUUGGCCGGGCCGACUGUCUGAGCAAACGCCUCGUCUGGAACAGCUUCUCUGCACUCCCUCGGCUGUGGAGUGGGGUGAUGCUCUGCAGACGUGCGCUUUCUCUUCAACCCUACGUGGACCCGUGACCUAAAGCUAGCUCGACACAGAGGACUGCUCCCAGACACCUGGAGACGGCUGCCACAAAAACAUGUUCUGGUGAAUGAUUCAGAGGAGAUGAUUCAAUACCAGAUCAGCCUGUCAAAACCACCUAUGAAGUGACGUGCAGUUUAAGACAGAGGCCGAGUCUUCAGACACUCCGUUGUGAGCCGAUCCGCCGGGCGCGGUGGAGACCCACCCUUGGCCCGCACCGGGCGGCGGUCACUGUCGGUUGCUUCCCGGUCGGCUCCCGCCUCUUUCCCCUGCGGUGGGAACUGGGAUGUGAACCAGACGUCCAGUUGGCUCUCUUCCCUCCAGAACCGGAGCCGGCCAGGGAGAGCUUCGACCCAGGGCCCCCAUGAGCCAAGUGCCACGUCCCAGAGGGUGCUGCCGUGGGGCGGCCACGAAGGUGUGGAAACCCCAGUCCCGGCCGCUCUCGGGGUUCCUCCUUAGAACAACAUCGGGGAUUUGCUCAGGAGCAGAGCCAAACGAAACGUAAGCCACCCGCAGCCUGGGCAAGCGGGGACCUCCUGGACAAAGGGGACAUUUGAAAGGUGUCAAUAAAUUGCUUCUCAAAACAA